AUCAUUUUGUUCUGUUUAGAAUUCAGCAAUGAUCUGGUGAGUAUAUCGCAGAUUUGCAGAUAAAGCACGUCAGCAAUUCCCCAUUCUGUCAAAAGUGCGUCUCGGGUUCUUAAUAUCGGCGGAGUUUCUGCAGAAAAAACAUAUCCAAACGACAAUGAAAAGCCUUCUUCAUUCAUUGAUUUCUUUGUCAGCUUCAUCAUCAUUUAUUUUCAAUUUCAGCGACAAUCUACAAAUUCACCAGCAUCAUCAUCAUCAUCCAAUCCAUAAAUUUUAGUUAUUUUUAGCCAGACAAUACCUCUGGGAAUUACAACGAAGACAGUCACAGCCCCAGUUCGUGGCUCGGGUCAUCCGGUUCGGAUUCUUCAUGGAUUUCGGGGCCCCCAAUCAGCCGCGCCUGGUCGGAGAGUACAUGCUGGGACCGCAAAUCGGGUCGGGUUCCUUCGCGGUGGUGUGGCGCUCAAGGCAUCGUCACUCGGGUUUGGAGGUUGCAGUUAAGGAGAUUGAGAAGAAACAGCUUAGCCCAAAAGUCAGUGAGAAUCUGCUUAAAGAGAUUUCUAUUCUCAGCACCAUCAAUCACCCCAACAUUAUACGAUUAUUCGAAGCGAUCCAGACCAAUGAUAGGAUUUACCUUAUUUUGGAGUAUUGUAAUGGUGGUGACCUUGCUACUUACAUUCAUCGACGCGGAAAAGUUUCACAACCCAUUGCACGGCAUUUUAUGAGACACUUAGCUGCAGGCUUGAUGGUACUCCAAGAAAAUCACCUCAUUCAUAGAGAUCUAAAACCUCAGAACUUACUAUUGUCUAGCACUGGAGGUUUACCACUUCUAAAAAUAGGCGAUUUUGGUUUUGCAAGGUCUCUCACACCCCAAGGGUUGGCAGACACGUUAUGUGGUUCACCAUUGUACAUGGCUCCAGAGAUAAUUCAAAAUCAGAAGUAUGAUGCCAAGGCUGAUUUAUGGAGCGUUGGAGCCAUAUUGUUCCAGCUAGUGACUGGGAGGCCACCAUUUGAUGGAAAUAAUCAAUUGCAGCUUUUUCAGAACAUUUUAACAUCCACUGAACUGCAGUUCCCACAAGAGUCUUUGAAUGAGCUACAUCCAGACUGUUUGGAUCUUUGCAGAAGCCUGUUACGUCUAAACCCAGUUGAGCGAUUGACAUUCAAAGAGUUCUUUGGUCACAAUUUCCUGAAGGAGCCCAGGUCAAUUGUGAAUGUUGAACGGUCUUCUGUACAACCACCAGAAAGAUCAAUGUUCCAGCAAUGUGGUAGUAUUUCAACAUCUGACAAAAGGCCUCAUUUGCAUUCUGCUCUUCAUCUGAAGAAAUCAGUAGAUGACCCAGUGGUAAUUAGUUCAGCUGUCAAUGAGACUGUGCUGUUACAAAGAAAGCAUAGUGGAAAUACUGCUGACACCAAGAGUGUUAAGGGCAUAAUUUCAAGAAUUACUUGUGAUAAGCAGGGACUUGGUAAUGUUGCUCAAUUGUCAGACCAGCCUCAAGCUUCUCAUUUGAUGGAGUCCAUUGAGGAAGACUAUGUCCUAGUUCCUCACUUUGCAUCAUUGGAGGUUUCCUCUGAUUACUUUGAGGCAUCUACGCAAGAUAAUAUCACAAGCAGGGUUUCUAUUUGUCCUUCAAAGAGGGUUGACCUUGAAGUUGGAGUUGCAAAGCAAACGAAGGAUUUAGCCUUUUGCAAUGUCGAUAGAGAAAAAAGGUCAAAAAGUGGUAAACUUGAGACAUCCUCUGUGUUUGCCGUCCCGAGGAAAGAGCAGGGUGCAUCCUCAAAGCAGCCUUCAAGUAGGUUAGAUUUGUUGCAUCAAUAUGUACAGGCUCUCUCGGCACUUUCGCAAGAAAAAUAUGAUGCAGGAUUGUAUCUAGAAUCAUUUGCAAUCGAGCUGGUGGUUUUGGCUAUAUGGAAGAAAGCCCUUGAAAUUUGUAACUCGUGGCUGGCCUCCAUUGCUGAGGGCAAGUUGCCUGGAAGCACUUCAGGGAAGGAAUCCACAAUCUCAGACAGAGAUGAAAGCAUAUCACAACCCAUGCUAGAGAAAAUAGAUUUUAGUGAUCCUUCAGCUGUGUCCUUGUGGGCCAAGAAAGGAUUUAUUUUUGCAGUUGAUCAUGCUGAUAAACUUUCAAGCCUUAUUCAAAAUAUGGAUGGUGCAGCUGAGAUGCCAUAUGCAAUGGAGAUCAUAUUUCAAAAGGUACUAUCAAUCGGCACAAGCGGUGCUGUAGAUGAGUGUCUGGAAAAUAGAGGCAAGGCAGCUGCAUCAUACUCAAAAGCGAUGCUUCUACUUUCAUUCGUUGUGAACCAAGCAGUGCACCUUCCACUGAACCCACCAUUCUCACUAACUCCUGCUAAUAAGGAGAGAAUUUUACAGUAUAUUUCCAAGCUGCAGUCACGUCAACUUCAGUCUUCGCCAUCCUUCUAAGAAUUUGGUCUUCAGGCUCAAAUGUCAUCCACAAGCUCUCAGUGAGUACGUAAAAGCGAUGCCAGCGUGCGGGUCCCAGAGAUUACGUGGCAUGAGCAACCGCUUGCUCCGGUUAGAGGAGUGCAGACACAUGCUUUGUAGUGGUGAGAUUUUCAGCCAACGUGGCGUUUCGCUUUUAAGAGACCGGUACGUGGCGUUUGAUCGCACUAACUGCCUAACUGUUUGGCACUGUGAUCCUUAUUGGAGACACGUGGGAAGUGUGGGUACGAUCUUGAUACUCGUAAAGUUUGUCCUUUUUUUUUUAAUGGUUCAUAAUCAAUGUGAACCUGCAAUGUCGCCUGAAUUAUGUCCGGUGACAACUUGUUUAGGUACGCAUAAAAAUACGAAAU